AUGGCAGAUAAGGGAGUCCUGGAUGGCGUGAGAGUCCUGACCCUGGAGCAGGUACACGCCCUGCCUUGGGGUACCGGCUUCCUGGCCGACCUCGGCGCCGAUGUUAUCCGCGUCGAGAGUCCCGACCACCUGCAGGACCGAAAGGCCGGCCCCUUCCCCGACGGCCAAGCUGGCGAGGAAUGGUGGAACGAGGGCGGCAACCUGGUGUAUUACGGCACCCGCAACAAGCGCAGCCUUUGCAUGGACGUCACCAAUCCCAAGGGCAAGGAAGCAUUUCUGAAGCUGGUGGAAAAGACUGACAUCGUUACCGAUAACUUUCGCCCCGGCACCAUGCAGCGCUUUGGCUUCGACCACGAAAGCCUGGCAGAGAUCAACCCCAAAAUAAUUAGCCUCAGCAGCACCGCUUACGGCUACACUGGCCCCUGGCGGCGGGCAGGUUCCCGUGCCCGAACGGUGGAUGCUGCCUGUGGACUGUCCUACCUCACCGGUUACGAGGGUGGCCCUUCCGUGCGGGCCAGCAACAAUUACAUGGACCACUCGGUGGGCAACAACGUGGCUUACGCCCUUCUGCUGGCUCUGUACCAGCGCAACAGGACGGGAAAGGGGAUGCGCAUCGACCUCACCAUGCUGGAAACCGGGGUUUCCGCCGUGGGACCGGCUAUUCUUGAGGCUCAGUCGGGCAUUACCCGGGACCGCCUUGGCUGCGCCCACUGGUGGAAAGCGCCUCACAAUGUCUACCCGGCCAGGGGCGACGAUCGCUGGAUUGUAAUUGUGGUGUCCUCGGACGAGGAGUGGGGACUGCUGAAACAGGCCAUGAACUCGCCGGUCGGGGCCGAGGAUGCCAGGUUUAACACGGCGGCCUCUCGGUGGGAGAACCGUCACGAACUGGACGAACUGGUGGCGGAAUGGACUUCCCUGCACGACGACCUGGAGUUGGCCCGGGAACUGCAGCGGCAGGGCGUUACCGCCGGCGCUUGCAUGACCGCCCGUGACCUGGUUGGCAAUGCCCAUCUUCAGGCGCGACGCUACAUGUGGGAGUUUCCCAAUCCUCAGGCUCCCGAAGUGGGGCCCCGCAUCUUUGCCGGACGCCCCUACCGGGAUCCCGGCAAUCCAAUGAGUAUCGGAAGAGUGGCCGGGCUGGGCGAGGACAACGAAUCGAUACUGACCGAUUUGGCUGACCUUUCAGCUGACGAAAUCAACGGGCUGAUACAGGACGAAGUGCUCUUCAACAUACCCAGGCCCGAUGAAUCUAGGCCUUAG